AUGCGCUGCUGUUUCUGGAGGUACCAGAUGACAGAGCUGGAGGAGGGAAUGUCCGAGCAGGCAGAUGCUAGCGAAGACCCACUACUCUCCGAAGGCGACGAGAAAAAGAACAAACUACGAGAAUGUCCGCUUUGCUACAUGAAACAACCGAUGAGCAAUUUCCCGCGAUUGAUUGGAUGUGGGCAUCGUAGUUGCCGGCUGUGCUUAAUGCAGUAUGUCGAGCUGGAGAUUAUGGAGAAUCGGGUGGAGGUCUCUUGCCCGGAGUGCACUGCCCAUCUGCAUCCGUCGGAUAUUGCGCAACUUGUCGGCGGACGUGGGCACCUGAUCGAGAAAUACGAGCAGUUCAGCUUGCGAAGAUACCUCAUGACGGAGGCGGACACCCGCUUUUGCCCAGCCCCGGAUUGCGGGUUCGCGGUGAUCGCUUCCGGUUGUGCGGCUUGCCCACAACUUCGAUGCGGCCGACCAGAGUGCGAGACAUUGUUCUGCUACCAUUGCAAGGGAGUCUGGCACGCGAAUCAAACAUGCGAUGAAGCGCGCCGCCAGCGUGGGCCCUCAGCUUUCCGAUCCAAGCGUGGGGCUUCCAACAACGUUGAUGUGCAACUACAGCUAAAACCUGGAGACAUCAAGGCCUGCCCCCGCUGUCGCACAUACAUCGUCAAGAUGGACGACGGCUCGUGCAACCACAUGGUGUGUGCCAUGUGCUCCGCAGAGUUUUGCUGGCUCUGUCUCAAGGAAAUCUCCGAUCUACACUACUUGAGCCCGACCGGCUGCACCUUUUGGGGCAAGAAGCCGUGGACACGCAAGAAGAAGCUGCUCUGGCAACUGGGAACGUUAAUUGGAGCACCAGUUGGGAUUGCCCUGAUCGCUGGUCUUUCCAUCCCAGGGAUCAUCUUUGGAGUUCCGGUGUUUGUUGGAAGGAAAGUCCAUCAGCGCUUCAGCCAUCAAACAAAGCUCAAGCGUCGCUUGAUCACUGCCGCUUGUAUUGCUGGCUCUUUAGUUGUCAGCCCGGUGCUUGCAGUAAUGGCAGUUGGUGUUGGUGUCCCCAUCAUGCUUGCGUACGUCUACGGUGUCGUCCCAUUGAGCUUAUGCCGUAAUGGCGGUUGCGGGUUGACUGAAUCUCAGUCUUUCCCAACCCUUGACAACCUUGACGAAGAUGAGCUAUGGGCUGGAGGAGAAGUUGGAAAUGAGAAAUCACAACUUCUCUCUGACGGCGAACGCGUCACCGAUGGUACCUCCCUUGGACCUGCUCUCUCGAUGCAAAGUGGAAUCUCACAAGCCACCCAUCGGGCCCGUCUUGCUGUUAAACACGACGGGCAUCAGCGUAGGGCGUCUGUUGAAAGCGGCGAGAACUCCAUCGGCGAGCGCACCAAUUAUGAAGAAGCCAGCACGAAGGCGCUUCAGGGUAGCCAGUAUCAAUAUGAUGACAAGAGUGUACAUACCGUCUAUUCAUCUGGCCAAGAAGCCUUGUCGUAUUCUGAGGAUGUGGCUAGCACAAAGGCGCUCGCCGGAAGUGUUCACGACACAAAGUCCCUUUCUGGCUCGAUGGGAGCUGCUCGGCACGUCAUCUGUCGAGCGGAGAUGAACGACCGGAUUGCAGAGGACAGCCAGGAAGCCAAGGAUGAGAAGAAAUCUGUUUGUGAGGAUGCCCCCUGUUCAAGCAGUUGCGACCGUCAGAAGGCGGCCAAGCGCAUGAGCUCCGGCUCUCGCCAAGGCGUCAAUUUUGUUGCUGUAAAUGAAGAUGUUGAUGAAAUCGUGCUGAUGGGCGAAGAAAACCAAACCAAUCUGUCGCUUGAGCGCGAGAAGGGAGACUCCUCCCUCAGCGAGCACGAUCCCUUCCACAUCCGUACCAUCAUGGACACAAUGAAACAAAUGACGGCCGCUGAUUUGCCCGACGACGUUCCGACAACUUCACGCGGCACCCGUCUCCGCAGCUCUAACAGUUCCCGUAGUGAAGAUGUCGAGCGCGCCACUACCACUAACACCGCCACUAUCACCAAGCCAAAACGCCGUUUCUUUGGCCUUCUCCCACCAAAGCGUACU